GAUGGGGCGCUGGGGCCGGUGCCAGGCGGGCGCUGGGGGCUGAAGCCGAGUCCCGGGAGAAACUUGUCCCCCCUCGCCCGUGGCCGUGGGCCUUCAUUGUCUGCAGCGGCCUCGGGAGCCCGGAGCGGGAGGACGGCAUCCAUCCCGAGCUCCUGCGGCAGCGGCGGAGACUCCCUUUGUCCUCCUCGGACUUCCCUCCCGCGGUCAGCUUGGGGAGGGGGGAGGUGUCCCCGCCGGCCCUGACGCACCCAAACCCCCUCCGGGGACUCCGCCUCCUUGGUGUCCCAGCCCGGCAGAGUCCAGGGGGCUGCGAGAGGGAGGGAGACUCGGGGCCCCGGCCACAGCAUGGUGGCCGGCCGCUCCCGGGCGCUCGGCCCUGGGCGCUGGCUGCUCCCCAGCCUGUGCUUGCUGGCGCUCGGCGGUCCUAGCGUGCUCCUGCGCGCCCAGGAACAGCCCUCCUGCAGAAGAGCCUUCGAUCUCUACUUCGUCCUGGACAAAUCUGGGAGUGUGGCAAAUAACUGGAUUGAAAUUUACAAUUUUGUCCAGCAACUUACAGAGAGAUUUGUGAGUCCUGAAAUGAGAUUGUCUUUCAUUGUGUUUUCUUCUCAAGCAACCAUUAUUUUGCCAUUAACUGGAGACAGAGGCAGAAUCAGUAAAGGAUUGGAGGAUUUAAAACAAGUUUCUCCAGCAGGAGAGACAUAUAUUCAUGAAGGACUGAAGCUAGCAAAUGAACAAAUUGAGAAAGCAGGGGACUUGAAAACCUCCAGUAUGAUAAUUGCACUGACAGAUGGCAAACUGGACGGUCUGGUGCCAUCCUAUGCAGAGAAUGAGGCAAAGAAGUCCAGGUCACUUGGAGCUAAGGUUUAUUGUGUUGGAGUUCUUGACUUUGAACAGGCUCAGUUGGAAAGAAUUGCUGAUUCCAAAGAGCAAGUUUUUCCAGUCAAAGGUGGAUUUCAAGCUCUCAAAGGAAUAAUCAAUUCUAUACUAGCUCAAUCAUGUGCCCCAGUCCUGGAAUUGAGUCCCUCAAGUGUCUGUGUAGGGGAGGAAUUUCAAGUUGUUCUGAUUCGAAGAGGAGUCACUUUGGGCAGCUGGGAUAGCAGUGUGCGCUGUACUUUCUUUGUGAAUGACACAUACAGAAUGAAUGUGGAACCAGUAAGUGUAAAUCAAAAUUCCAUGCUUUGCCCUGCACCAGUCCUGAAUAAAGUUGGAGAAACACUUGAUGUUACAGUAAGCUUCAAUGAAGGGAAGUCUGUCGUGUCAGGCUCAUUAGUCAUCACAGCUACAGAAUGUUCUAACGGGAUCGCGGCCCUCAUUGCUAUUUUGGUGUUAUUGUUACUUCUGGGCAUUGGUUUGAUGUGGUGGUUUUGGCCUCUUUGCUGCAAAGUGGUUAUCAAGGAUCCUCCACCACCACCUCCACCUGCACCAAAGGAAGAGGAAGAAGACCCUAUGCCCAACAAGAAAUGGCCAACUGUGGAUGCUUCCUAUUAUGGUGGUCGUGGGGUUGGAGGAAUUAAAAGAAUGGAGGUUCGCUGGGGUGACAAGGGAUCCACUGAAGAAGGCGCAAGGCUAGAAAAAGCCAAAAAUGCAGUGGUGAUGAUUCCUGAAGAAGAGAUACCUGUCACUCCCAGACCACCUCGACCCAAGCCUUCAUACCAGACCACACAGACAAAGUGGUACACACCAAUUAAGGGUCGUCUUGAUGCACUUUGGGCUUUGCUUGCAAGGCAGUAUGACCGGGUGUCCUUGAUGCGACCACAGGAAGGAGAUGAGGGCCGGUGCAUAAACUUCUCUCGAGUUCCAUCUCAGUAAAAUGAAAGCAAGAAGAACAAGAAGGCAUGAAGACAGGACAAUUUCAUGAUGUCGAUUUCCAACCAAAUGAAAAGGAAGUCAAGUGCUUUUCAGAAGCUCUUGGAACAGUGGCUUAAUUUCUCUCUGUCAGGAAAUGUUUUCUCUGCCUUAUGCUUUAUGUGCACCAAACAUCUUUAAACACUUUCUCUGCCAUCUACAUGAGAAGUGGUGAAGCUCGGUGGUAACUUAGGAUUCACUGCAUGGGAAGCAAAUAGGAAGUUUAAUCUGAUGCUUUUUAUGAUGUUGUUUAUGCAAAGAUGCUGAUGGGAAUGUAGAAGAUUACAAGGCAGUGGCAACUCCAUUGUAAAGAUGAUAACCACUGGGUGUGCGGCGUCUUUAAUGGAGACAGGUGCUUCCAACAUGGACGCCUGGCACAUGUGCUUUUGUAUGACAAGAUCUUUAGCCUUAAGCAGAGAACGAAAUUUUCCACCAGGCUAAACAAAUAAUGGACUCCAUUGCCUUACAGUUAUGUCAGAUAGCAAAAUCCUCUCAAGCCCCCUAUCACAGUGUGCCUUACGGGAAGUUUCUGCCUAGAAAAUCUUGUCAUUGUUACACUGAAAAGUGCACACGCAUGACAAAAUAGAGACAAGAUGCCUCAAGGUAUUGGCAUCCAGCAAGAUUUUGCCCUUUAGUUUUCCAAGACACCUUUCUUUCAUUAUGCACUUGGGACAAGAAAAUUAAUAGAGCGUUAUUCCACAGGAAGACUGCCUGCAACCAAAGAUCUAGAGUGGAGUUUAGGGACUCAUGAUUUGAGGCCUUGUCCCUGAGCCUAGUAGAUUUCUCCUUUUCUCUGUGUUCAGGAUUUAGUAGUGCAUAAAACAUUAAUAUCUGUAAACAUAACUACAACUUUAUUUUGCUUUUAAUUUAAAGGAAGCAGUAACCACAAAGCUUCCGCUCAGGGUUUUUUCUUUCUUCAAGUCUCCAAGGGCUCUUCAGCGUCACAAGCCAGCAACUCUCUUUGCAUGAAAAUUUCAAAGUUUAAUUAAUAUAAUUAAAGGCAACAGCAAGCAGCAGCCUGUGAAGAUUUGGCUCAUCGUUUUUAUGCCUUUUGACAUUGAAUGACCUAUUACUGUAUGCGCAUUACUUGGAGUUUGAGGAGCACUGCACCUUGGUUAUGAUUCAGCAGAAGAAAAGAGCCUUCUCUCUUCAGUUUAUAAAUUAAAUUUUUCAGGGGGCUCACCAUCAAAAGACAUUGACACUGUAUAUACUAUAAUUUUUUUAGAAAAAUCACCAUCGUGUCACGUUGACGAUGCCAAAUUAUGUUAGCGUGAGCAGAAACACUGUGGGGGAGGAAGGAGGCAGCAGCUGAAGAAAACAGCUCAAAUGAUCUAGUCACUUUUGAUACUGUACUUCAGAUGCGAAAUGGAUAUUCGACUGGAAACCUGACAAAGCGCGCCUGCUUUGAUGUGAACUGGUAUGGACAAUGACCAGUGGCCGGGUCAGUGGGAUGUCUCUCUGCGAGUACAAAGGCUUAUCAAAUGACACUAAAAAUAAGUUCAACAACCAUCACUUUGGAAGGGAGAAGGCGAACAUUUCAUGUUUGGCGGGCAUGUGAGUGCACAAGAUGGCAAGAGCGAUUUGGAGCAUCCUGGUAUAAUUACCCCCAUUGUGUUCUUCAUGGAAAUUUCAAAGGACGGAAAUGAUUCCGUUGGUUGGUGUCCAGGUUUAUGGCACUGCUCCAAAAAGCCUUGCACACACACACACACGGUUUCUAGCUUGAAUCUUUUGCUCAAUCUUAUUAUUUAUGUCACUGGCUGGCUGGAUCCAAAGUCAUGUGUUCACAUAUCAUAAAUAAAAAUUUUAUCUGUGUUUGAGUUAUCACUUUCUUUCAGCCCACAUAAAGUUUACAUUUUCAUUGGUUGAAUAUACCACUUCUCUGGUUGGUUUCAGGAAUGAAAUUCUAUUUAGUUGAAAAUACCCAGCAUGUUUCCAUUGGAUACUAUUGACAGGUCAUAUGUGUGCAAGUGCAAUGCGGAUGGGCAAUAUAACACUCCCAAUACUUUCUUCCAUGAGUUCUUUCACACAGUCGCUCUGUGUUUGUAUCUAAAGCAGAAUCUAGCGCUACUUUCUUAAAUGGGCAUUUCAUUUCUGAGCCAUACACACCCAUCAAUCAUACGUUAAGAGCAUCAAAAUUACUACAGAAGCUAUGCCUAUGUUUCUUUCGUAGUUAUUUCUACAGAAUCAUAUAGCAUACUUGUGUUUUGUUACAUAAGAAAUGUAAAUACACUGUUGCCUUAAAAUGGUAAAUUGGUUUGCAGAACACUUAUCACACUGGCAAGAGAAGUGUAAUGCAAAGACGGUGUAGAGCUGUAAGUGACCAUGGAGAGGCAUGAGUCUAUACAUCAAUGGCAAAUUCCCAUUAGUAGGGUCCAAGGACAGAUGGAAAUUCUUUGCCUCCAAAUUCAUGAACCAUAUAUGUGUUAUGCUUUUCCUCUGGUGAACUUAACCAAAGAUAAGAAGAAUUUGUUUUAAAGAGUCAUUUUUAACAAAAGAAUUGCAUUGAAAAUCUCUAUAUAACACUAUUUAUUUACAGAGAUAAAUAGCUCCUGUGCAGGUUAUCUGGACAUGGUGACAGGGACAAUCUACUCUGUGUACAGAUGAAUGAGUCUUACCCAUCAUCCAUUUGUGUUGCAUAAGGUUUCAAAAACAAUUAAGUGGGAAUUGACUCCUAACUUAUGUGUAGACUCUGCCUAGAAAGAAAGUUUUGAAGGCAUCUAUAUAUAUUUCAUAACAAUGUCUGUUCUUUAUGGAUUUGAUCCAUAAAUAUUUAUCUAUCUGAAAACUUUGAUACUUGGAAUGUUUUCCUUAAAGCAUUUGGUGCUCCAAAAAGAAACAUUUGGUGCUAAGAGUUACAGCACUGAUGCCUUUCCCCAAGUUAAUUCUGGUUUAAAAAUUUAUAUUUCUUUUCCAAUGAGAUGCAGAGCAAAACUUGAGAGUCUCCAUUGACUAGGGAGCAGCAUCUGUUAUCCAUGGUAAAUGACUAUUUUGACAAAAAAUAUAAAGUUUAAGCCGUUAUAUUUCAAAGGGUUAGAGAAAACAAUGAUUUGUUUUUAUUUCUCUUGAGCUUUAUUCUAGCCAUUAAAAUAAUAACUUAUUCACUAGUUGAUUUUUUAAAUAAAUCUUUAUUUGAUAUAGCCUGAAUGUCUCUAUGAACUCAUUAUCUGAGUGUCACUGAUCAUGGCUUACUUGUCAGAAGUGGCUUUAUUUGCUUACUUUAUGAUUGAAGCAAAAUAUAUAUUACUUCCAUCAAGAUGUUUGAGACAUGGUGGAUUGAUUACCUUAUAGAUGUUAGGUUUGAAAUUUAAGGAUGUAAAAUAUAAUUACAUUAUAAAUAUAAGUAUUAAGCCUGUAUGGUGGCUUAAGUUUAUAAAAUAAUCCCAAUACUCAGAAGGAUAGGGAAGUAGAAUUGUCAUGAAUUUGAAGCCAUCCUAGGCUACAGAGUUUCAGGUCAGCCUGGGCUAGAGUAAGACAUUUAUUUAAAAAAUACAAGUAUUAGAAAAUACUGUAGCUUCUUCCUCCGUUUGCACAUUAUGUUUUGGUUAACUUUUACUAGAUUGUUGUUCAGUAUCAUAUUGGAAAAUUUAUUAGACUUUUAUUUCUAAUGAAAAAUGUUUGUGGGUAUAUAUUCACAGGACAGGUAUAUGCAUUACAUAUACUUCAAUGAAAAGUAAAUAUAUAAUUUGAUGCAUAGAAUAAUGGGUAUAUCUGUUAGGUAUUUAAAGAUUGGAGCAGGUAAGGCUAAAAAGCAUCAUUUAUUUUUAGAUAGUGAAGCCAUAUUCUAGACUCCAUAGAUUAAUAUUGUAUUUAGUGAAUUUCUAUUGUACAUCUCUGAGAGCACUUUAAUUUUAGUAUAUUUCUGUACUUCCUGGAGCAUAAUUCAGUCAAUUAGAUAAAAUUUUUUGAAAAGCCAUAACAUUAAAAUGUUUUGUUGUUUUUUGAAAAACAUUUUGUACUCUUCUGUCAAAAGACAAUCCUGCUAAGAAGUCACACAGUAGCAUGUACUUUUAUAUAAACCUGCUUCUCUGAAGUACCUUACAAAGAGUCUACUUAGGAAACAGGUGGUGGGGGUCCUACAGUGUAGAACUGGCCAUGAGCUACCUCCAAUGGAACACUUCUUAGUCAGGCCUGGAGAUGUACUGAAGCUUUAAAAGUUUCUUCCAGUCCUGAAAACAUUUUCAUUAAAUUGGUCAAAUCAGAGGUUUUAGUACUUAUCUAAUAUUUGUAAUAACUGCUUCUUUGCAACACAAUGCAUUACAAUGUAAUGCUGUGUAAACUACUAAUUUAGUUACAGGGAAGAUAUUGAACUAUAAUAUAUUACUUACUAAUUGACCACAAUAGAAUAAUAUCUUAGUUAAUUUGCUAAUUUGCUAUAAUAGAGUUUGUCAGAGGCAAUCAUUCAAAUAGUUUUUAUCUGGAAAAAUCUCUCAAAAGAUUAGUAAAACAUUGGUAAAUAUAUCCAUAUAUUUUAUUCUAACAUUACAGUCUCAUCACAUGUCUCAAGGGUAUAUAUAAAGAGGCAAUAAAUCGUUGUGAAAUAUUUAUGACUUAUUUUAUGAUUGUGAUGCAGUUAUUGGUGCAGACAUUAAAACUUCAAGUUUGCUUACCCUAGUCAACAUGGGGGAAAAUCUACUUACUUAACAAUGACUAUGCUUGUGAUGAGGAAGUACAUGCAGGCAAAUUCAGUUUGACUAAAAAUAUUGGACAGGAAUUGAUUCCGUAGAAUGAAGAGUAUGCAGAAGGUUAGUAGCCUUCAUAAACUAGAACAUGGAAAGCAAUAGAACUGAGCACUUCCAAAACCAUAGAUGACAGAGAAAGAAAAUGAUUACAUCAUGUGAAAAACUAGAAGCAAAUCUAAACCUCUUGGCACAGUUACAGUACUCUUCCAUCUGAUUUGUAAAAGUAAUUGGAGAAAAACUCAAAAUAUAAAACAAAGUCGACACGUUCUAGCACAUGAUACCUGUAAAUAGAAUUUUUACCAGUUGAAAUUCUGAAGUGAAAUGAAACAAUUAUUAUCAUCACAUUAAGGUUUUCUUUUGGAGGUCUCUUUUUAAACACCCUCAAUUUCUAAAAUUCUCUGUUAAUUAAACAGAGCAAUGACAGACCUUCAUUUUCUUUAAAUACUUUGUUUGUGUGAGGCUGUCACACAGAAAGAAAGAUUAUAUUUGAAACAAUAUGUUCAAGUGUAAAAAUCUUCAACAAAUUCUUAAUGUUUGUAAAAUGGGAGAAAUGUUCAGGAGUUUUAUAAUGAACAUCUUGGGAAUCUACAUAAGGAGAAGGAUGUUUCAGAAGUUUAAAAAGGGUUUUAAGCUUCUCCUGGUGCCGCUUGUGUGUUUGUUCGGUGUGGACCUGGUACCUCUUUUGUGAAGCGGCUGCUGAAGAGAUCCUGAAACUCAAGGAAGGAGUCAAGACUGAACAAUGAUCAUAUUUAUCUGAAGGUUGUGGGACAGGAUGGUCCUGUGGUGCAGUUUGAGAUUAAGAGGCAGACACCACUUAGUAAACUAAUGAAAGCCUAUUGUGAAUGACAGGGUUUGCCAAUGAAGCAGAUUUGAUGGGCAGCCAAUCAGUGAAAUAGACGCACCUGUACAGUUGGAAAUGGAAAAUGAAGAUACAGUUGAUGUGUUCCAGCAGCAGACAGGAGGUAUCUGCCAAAGAAAAGAACCUGCUAUUUUACUCCAGGAUUUUGUUAUAGACCAAGAUUACAUUCUCAAUUAGAAAACUGCAAUUUGGUUCCACCACAUCCUGACUACUACAAUAUAGUUUUCUCUAUUCUUUCAUUAUCCCCUUCCCCAACCCUUAUUUUACAUAAAAUAACUGGUGCAUAUGCACAAACAUGUUGUACUUUCCUUUCUUUUUUUUUUUUUAAAACUAAAUGGCCAAUGUUUUGGUUGACAUCAAGGGGACAUGAUAUGGGGGAAAGCACUAAUUCUGUGAAAAUACCCCUUUCUCAUUAGUGCCAUGCACAUUCAGCUUUUAUCUUUAUAUUCCAGUAAGUUAUUUUGCUCUCAUUGUAUUAACAA